AUGCCAAACGGAAACUGGAUACUUGGCGACCUCUUCACAAAAGACUUUGGCCACCGCGGCAGCAUUCAGAAACUAUGGGAAAUGCGAUGGAAGAUGCCAUGCCAACGUGGCGUAUAUCCCUUCCACGAUGGCAAGUUCGAGGACUUUGAGCCUAUCUUCAACCAUCUCAUUGACAACAAUAUCAAUGAUCCGUACGAUGACGCAUACACCAAUGCUUUCCUACCUACUGCGCAGAGAUUAGCCAAAGAAGCGAAAGAGUUGGAAAGCACAGACAAGGACAAGGCAAAAACGCUGUAUCUUCGUGCCAAUGCAGUGUUCCGACUAGCUAGAUUUCCAUACAUUGGCACAGAGCUAAAGAAGAAAGUCUUCGAGGAGCAGAAAGAAGCCUACUUCUAUGGCACGAAACUUUGGGAGGUGCCAAUUGAAGAUAUCGAGAUACCACACAAGCACGCGGCCAACGGCGACGGCGACAAUAUCCCCUUGUACAUACGCAAGCCCUCCGGUCCCGGUCCAUUUCCCACUAUACUCCUCAUCACAGGUCUAGACGGCCACCGCCCGGACAACACAGAGCGUACACAAGAACACCUCGACCGCGGCUGGGCAACCGUGAUUUGCGAUAUUCCCGGUACGACUGUAGACUGUCCUGCCAAUAAGCGUGACCCGCUCUCUCCUGAUCGUUUAUUCACAUCCAUUCUCGAGUGGAUCGCAGAAACGUCCUACUUAGACAACAAAAAGGUCAUCGCCUGGGGUUUGUCUGCAGGAGGAUACUACGCCAUCCGCCUCGCACAUACGCACAAAGCCCAGUUACUAGGCAGCGUCGGCCACGGCGCGGGAUCACACCACUACAUCGGCCGCGAAUGGCUCGAGCAAAUCGACAAACACGAGUAUCCCUUUGGACUGGAAGAAGCGUAUAUACAGAAAUACGGAUAUAAGGACUUCGAAGAGAUGAAAACUCGUUGUCAGGACGAAUUUAGCUUGGUGAGUGGAAAGGGCGAGGGAGUUGCUGUUGUUGGUAUGGGUAUGAGAAGUUGCAGGUUGUUGCUUGUUAACGGCGAGUUGGAUGGCUGUAUGCCUAUCGAGGAUAGCACGUUGUUGAGCGAGUAUGGGACGUCGAAGGAGAUUAGGGUUGUCAAGGGUAGAGCACAUAUGGGAUACCCAGAAGCAAAUGGGAUUGUGUAUCCGUGGUUGGAGGAAGUUAUGGCGUAG